AUGGCACUCUUUAGGUGUCGAUACAAGCUAAAAUGUAAAGUAGUGAUUAUAAGUACUAUAGUUGUCAUCGCAUUGACUGUCAGUUAUAUCCAUUCCACCCUGAAAGAGACAGUUAGCAGAAGUGGUUCCUCAGGGAGAGGUUCAUAUUCCAGGUUGUUCAUGUCUAACGAUGGUCAGAAAGAAAUCUACAGUGAUGUGUGUAAAAUACCUCGGCUUCCUCUUUACAGCAGUGCUAUUGAACAUGCCAUUCAACCCAUGAAGAAACCCCUGGUAUGCAAUGGAACCAACCUGUUUUAUUUUGAGAACAACGUUCUUACCAUUAAUAAAAGUGUUCUCUACCCAGAACACAACACUCUUGACCUGUACGAAUUUAAAACAAAAAAGGGAAAAAUUGAUGAUAAACCAACAUUGAGAGCAUGUGAAAUAAGAGGGAUAGAGAGAGUAACUGAUUCUUUUUACACCUAUACCGAGGGAAUUAUUAAAGAAAACGGGCCAUUCAAUAUGCUUAUAAAGCAUGAUUUUGUUCAUGUGAAAUGUAUUCUAAAUUCAACUUACAAUCUCAUUCAUGCAGAGGAUAAUGAAGUUGAAGAUUACCCCAGUAACGACAGUUUGUAUAUUAAUGAUGACCCCAUGGAAUAUGAAGGCAGCAUUUUCAAUGAGUAUCUCGUGGACUUUGAUCAAUUUUUGGUGCAGGUUUAUCCUCGCGAUGAUGUUUUGGAGAGAGCAGCAUCUCAGAAGCCAACUUCUGACCAAAUGAAUGUGAUGAUGAUAAUGCUAGAUUCCAUGUCACACAUGUCCUUCCGGAGAAAACUACCCAAAACUUAUGGCUACCUUAAGAAGAAUUUGGCUUCAACCAUUCUAAAUGGUUAUAAUAUUGUUGGCGAUGCUACAUUAGCAGCCUUAAUACCAAUUUUAACAGGCAAAACAGAACUGGAGUUACCUGAAGUCAGAAGAAGUCAAGAGGAGUCUGAAUAUGUUGAUAUUUAUCCAAUGAUCUGGAAUGAUUUCAAGGAGAAUGGUUACGUCACCUUGUUUGCAGAAGAUGAACCCUCCAUAAGCGCUUUUAAUCUACGCUUUAAUGGUUUCAAGGAGUCGCCUUCAGAUCACUACAUGAGACCAUUCUGGUUGGCUCUGUGGGAUUCGGAGCUUAGAGAAAGGAGCAAUAAAUACUGUACUGGUGCUACGCCACAUCACAGAUUUUUGUUAGAAUAUUUGAAAGACUUUUAUGUAAAGUACCCGAAUGUUCCAAAGUUCUCUUUAACCUUCCUUGCUGAACUGACUCACUGGAACAAUAAUCCCGGAGAAUAUUUGGAUGUGGAUUUCGUAAAUACUUUAGAAAAGUUCAGCAAAUUAGGUUUUCUUGACAAUACUCUUCUGAUUGUUAUGGGAGAUCAUGGUGCUAGGUAUGGAAGAGUACGAAGGACGGUGCAAGGGAAAAUAGAGGAGAGACUGCCAUUUGUUAGCCUUCAUUUUCCCCAUAAGUUCAAACUAAAACAUCCCGAGUUGAUAAAACAACUUUCAAAAAAUGCUGAUAGAUUGACCACUCCUUUUGAUAUUUAUGAAUCUCUUAAAGACAUUCUUGAUUUAUCACGCUUACAUAAACCGGUGAUUUCAUCCAGAGGAAUAAGUCUCCUUAGAGAAAUUCCAGCCAAUCGGAAUUGUGCGUCUGCUCAUAUUGACUUGCAGUGGUGUUCCUGUUUGGUGGAAAGUGAAGAAGAUACAAAUAGCAAGAAUAUUCAGACUAUGGCUUAUGAACUUCUGCAACAUAUCAAUCAGUUGACCCAACCACUGAGAAAUAUUUGCCAAGAGCUUUCAAUUCUCAAAAUAGUUUCCGCCAAUUUAAUAAGUCCAAAUGAAAAGGUUUUGAAGUUUUUGAAAACAUUGGACAGUGAUCAAAGAGUUUCAAACUUCAGUGCUGAGGUAAGAGUGGAUGUCGCCCAUUACCAGAUCACCAUGGAAACUGUUCCUAACUAUGCACAAUAUGAAGGGAUGAUAACAAAGAAUCUCAAAGACUCCACUUAUGAAGUGUUCCAUGACAUUAGCAGAUUAGAUCGCUAUGGAAACCAGUCUUCAUGUGUCUCAAAACUUUAUCCUGAUCUCAGAAAAUUUUGUUACUGCAAAUGAUUCUCAUUGGUGGUUUUUGGGGAAAUUUUUUCUCAAUGAUGUGGCACUGCGUAACUUAUCUUUUUUGUUAUGUAAAUAAUUGAAUGUUCCAGUGUUAUUGCUCUCCCGGGGAAAUUAAGGUAUGUAGAGGGACAUUAAUUUUAUAGUGGGUGAUGUUGCCAAGAUGUUCUAAAAGGACAUGUAUGGCUUAAGUAGAUCUGUAAAUGUUAUUUUUUCAAAAAGUAAAAGAUUUCAAUAAGAAAUUCCAAUACCUGGAACUUCUUAUAUUCAUGCCAUAAUUGAGUUUAUGAGAAUCGUUUUUAUGUGAUGUGUGAGUGAGAAAGAGAGAUGUGCGAGUAAAAAGGGAGAGAUUAUGGAGUUUAAGUCGAUCUAAUUUUGUUAAAAAAUGAUAAACAUAUAUACCUAUACCCGCUACAGGUAUACGCUACUGAAUAAAGAGGUUGUCAAUUACAA